CCUCGACACGUUCUGCCGCGUCGCCGUCAGCGUCCUUCUCACUCCUCCACUCCACCCGCCGGAUCUUCCUCGCAUCGAGCACGGAAAGCCAGCCGCCCUCACCUCUGCCGCAAACCACACCGUGCAUCUCCAUCCUCUUUCUGCCGCCGGAUCCAGAUGACGCAGGCCUCCGCUGAGUCUGCAGAUUCAUCCAAGCCCAGCAGGAAGGUCAGCAGCAAGAGAGAGUGGAGACCAUGUGGACGGAGAACCCGGUGGUCCGGGACGCCGGCGCCGCCGUGCUCUCCGGAGUCGCCGUGGCUGUCGUGCUCCGCUUCUGGGAGGAGGUCGCCAGCCGCGCGCUGCUGGAUCAGAAACUUUGCAGGAAACUGGUGCACAUAACUGUUGGAUUAGUGUAUUUCCUCAUGUGGCCUCUGUUCAGUUCAGAUGAUGUGUAUGCCCCGUUUCUUGCUCCGCUUAUCUUCGUGAUCAACAUCGUAAAGGUGACAGUGAUUGGGCUUGGUGUGGUUAAAGAUGAAGGUGUGGUUAACUCGAUGACCAGGCAUGGGGACUGCAGAGAACUUCUCAAGGGCCCAUUGUAUUACGCUUGUGCUAUAACCCUGACAACAAUGGUCUUCUGGAGGACAUCACCCAUCUCAAUCGCCGUGAUCUGCAAUUUGUGUGCCGGAGAUGGUGUUGCUGACAUAGUUGGGAGACGAUUCGGGCAGGUGAAGCUCCCUCACAACCCUGAAAAAUCGUAUGCUGGAAGCAUCGCGAAUUUCAUGGCUGGUUUCAUCGCAUCAGUGUUGUUCAUGUGCUACUUCAACAUCUUCGGGUUCGUUGACAAGAGCUGGGCUAUGGUUGGUGCCUUCGGUGUCGUAUCCCUGGCUGCAGCGGUUGUGGAGUCGCUGCCCAUCAGCACACGCCUUGACGACAACCUGACGGUUCCUCUCGCAUCCGUGCUGGUGGGUGCCCUGGUUUUCUACUUGGUUGGAGCCACGAACCUGUGCUGCUUCAUGAGCAGCGGUACCCAAGACAGCAGCAGCAGAAGCAUUUCAGCAAUCGUUGAUCAGUGGUGGUUAUUCGCAGGCAGCAGCUACGCUAGCAGCUGGUGAUCGACCACGUGAUACAGCUGCAAACUGCAGAGGUUGAUUGAAUCAUGAUAUGUGUUGGUUACCUUAUGAAUUUUAUCAGUAAAAACAUGUGCUUGUGACUUGAAA